AUGGUGCAGGCGCGGUGGACCCUGGCCCUCAUCCUCCUCCUGGUGGCCCUGCCAGCCAGGGGUGUCGGGGCUGCUCCGUGGCGACCAUGGGCAGUGGCUCUGGAGCGUGAGCCUGUGGAUAAGAAGGCACCUCAGGAAGACCAUCAGGCAGUGCCGGUCCCCGGGGAAAACACCGGGGCCGUUCAGCCAACAGGAGUGUCAGGUCCAGAGUAUCAAGAUGGAAGGGGACAAUCUUCCCAGGACACAUCCAAAGUGCUACAUGAAAUCCUUGGACAGCUGAAGACAAUAGCACGAGGUGUGAACAGCCUCAGCCUCAACAGCGCCGUGGAUGGCAGAAGAUUCACCAGCGCUGUGGUGGGCAAGGCAGACCCAAACCUUGUGGAUGGCAGGACAGACCCAAUUGCUGUGGUGGGCAGGGCAGAUCCAAAUGCUGUUGAUGGCAGGACAGACCCAAACACUGUGGAUGGCAGGACAGAUCCAAACGCUGUGGUGGGCAGGGCAGACCCAAACUCUGUGGGUGCUGAUACCUUCCAGACGUACUGCAUAGAAGGCAUCGUGGCUGUCCUGGGCUCAAUGCUGCUGGGGAUGGUGCUGUGUUGUGUAUUCCACUUGUGGAGGAAGAGGAGAAAGCGCCUCGCAGCUUCGAGAGCCGGCUCUGAGCGCCCCAACAGCCGGGCAGAAGCCAGCAGAAUAUUUGCAGGAGCGUUUAAAUAAAGAUCAGCAGCACAAUCGA